AUGAGCUUGUAUUCACCGUCGCUACUAACGCCCGACUUGGUCGAAGUGCAGGUCGAGAUGGAAAGCCACGCGAAACGUUACGGGCUCGAUUUCUUUCCGACCAUUUUUGAGCUUGUCGACUACAACCAGCUCAGCGAGAUCGCAGCGUUUGGGGGCUUCCCCACGCGCUAUCCGCACUGGCGGUUUGGCAUGGAGUACGAGCAGCUCACCAAGGGCUAUUCGUACGGGCUGCAGAAGAUCUACGAGUUGGUCAUCAACAACAACCCCUGCUAUGCAUACCUGCUGCGGUCCAACGCCUUCACCGAUCAGAAGCUGGUCAUCGCCCACGUCUAUGGUCACUGCGAUUUCUUCAAGAACAACUUCUGGUUCAGCAAGACCAAUCGCAAAAUGAUGGACGAGAUGGCGAACCACGGAAACCGCAUUCGCCGCUAUAUGGACCGCUUUGGCAUGGAAGAGGUCGAGGAGUUCAUCGACGCCUGCCUCAGCAUCGAGGACCUGAUAGACAUCCAUGCUCCUUUCAUCAAGCGACACGAUGAAAAAAGCCGUUACGAUUUCGACGGUGGAGAACCGCAGGAAGAAGAACUGCCCUCGGGCCGGUUUGCAUCGAAGAACUACAUGGAUGAUUUCGUGAACCCGCCCGAUGUGCUGGCGGCCGAGUCAGAACGUCUGCGAGCAAGCCAGCAAGGCGAGCUGUCGUUUCCUUCGGAACCGGUCCGCGACGUGAUGCUGUUUAUCCUCGAACACGCGCCGCUUAAACCGUGGCAGUUGGAUGUGUUGUCGAUCAUUCGCGACGAGGCCUACUAUUUCGCCCCACAGGCGCAGACCAAAAUCAUGAACGAAGGUUGGGCCAGCUACUGGCAUUCGACCAUCAUGACUCGCGACGGGCUCGACGCUUCGGAUGUAAUCCACUACUGCGAUCAUCACUCCGGCACGUUGGCUACCUCUUCCGGGCGGUUGAACCCCUACAAGCUGGGCAUCGAACUCUUCCGCGAUAUCGAAAACCGCUGGAAUAAGGGCCGUUUCGGCAGCGACUACGAAAACUGCGACGAUCACUACGAGAAAGAAAGUUGGGACACCGGAGCGAACAAGGGCCGUGAGAAAAUUUUCGAGGUUCGACGCGUUCAUAACGACCUGACGUUUGUCGAUUCGUUCCUCACGCUGGAGUUUUGCCGGGAGCACAAGUUGUUUUCCUUCGGCUUCAACAACGAUACCGACUACUAUGAAAUAGAGAGCCGCGAGUUUCCCAAGGUGAAGGCCCAACUACUGGCUAGUCUCACGAACCGGGGCCGGCCGUACAUUCGCGUUCGCGAUGGAAACUACAAGAACCGAGGCGAGUUGUACCUCGAACACGAGUUCGCUGGCGUUGAAUUGCAGUUCGACUAUGCCCGCGACACGUUGGUGAACCUCGAGAAGCUCUGGCGGCGUCCUGUACAUAUCGAGACCAUCGUCGAUGAAGAGCCGGCGGUGUUCUCGUUCGACGGGUCGGAACACAGCCUCGACAAGCUGCGGCGUCAUGCCACACGAGUUGGCGCCCGCUCAGAUAAUUCGGAACAGUAUUACGAAGUUGGUGAUGUCAUGAGUCUCAAGCAAGUCGCCACAAACGCCCUUGACGCGUUAGCCGUGGGCAGUCCUGGACCGCAGUUCGUUAACGUGCGCGACGGUGGUCAGCAAUUCGAAUGCCGGUUGGUAACCGUCGACGCAUUGGCCUGCGCGUUCGAUGAAUUCGCCGUCACGGCCGAUUCGCUCAAGGGUUCGUCGGUCGAUGAUCUCAAGAAAGUCGGCGAAGAUCUCUCCAACCGGCUCAAUUACCUGCUCGAGCCAAUCAGCCCGAUCGAGAUCGACUCCGAAGGCUGCCACGUGCAGUUACGUUCCAGCCCCCCGCAGCGCGACGACGACGGUACGAAGUACUACGAGUUGGUCGUCUCGCACGAUGGCGUGAUGAGCCUCGUUCGCUACGCCAAAAGCCCCGGCGCUCCCCGCCAAACCAUUCCCGCCGAAGUCACCCGCGAGGUAUGGGGACGGUUAAUCGACGAUUUCUCGGCCGUCGCGCCGUAG